CCGUUAGUUUGCAAUGGUGGCAUCACCUCUCCUUCCGAUAGAAUGUGUGACGAUGAUACCGCCGCUAUUGUCGUAGACAAUGGUUCGUAUACGUGCAAGGCCGGGUUCGCCGGUGAUGACGGGCCAAGAGCAGAAUUCAAGACGGUUGUUGGCCGUCCGAAAGAAGUUGGCAGUAUGGUGGGUGCGAGUCAGAGAGACACAUAUGUAGGAGACGAGGCUCAGCCAGCUCGGGGUAUAUUGUUUCCAAACAGGAGACCUAUCGAACACGGUAUCAUCACAAACUGGGACGAUAUGGAGAAGAUCUGGCAUCACACGUUCUACAAUGAGCUCCGCAUUGCUCCAGAAAAGCAUCCUGUGCUGCUCACAGAGGCGCCCAUGAAUCCCAAGCAGAACAGGGAGAGGAUGACUCAGAUCAUGUUCGAGACGUUCAACGUACCCGCUACGUAUGUAUCCAUUCAAGCGGAACUUUCUCUCUACUCGUCUGGUCAAACCACGGGGAUAGUCCUGGAUUCUGGUGACGGCGUCUCACAUCUUGUACCCGUUCACGAAGGCUACAGUGUUCCUAAUCUGAUCUCCAAGAUCGACAUUGCGGGCAGAGGUCUAACGGAUUAUCUGAUGAAAAUUUUGACUGACCGUGGCUACUCGUUCACGACGACUGCCGAUCGCGAGAUCGUCCGUGACAUCAAGGAGAAACAUGCCUAUGUAGCCCUGGACUUUGACCAGGAGAUGACCACGGCACCACGCAGCUCUACACUGGAGAAGAGCUAUGAGCUACCAGAUGGACAGGUCAUUAGUAUUGGAAAUGAACGCUUCCGCUGUGCUGAAGCUCUCUUCCAGCCAUCUUUGCUCGGCGUGGAGCAGGCUGGCAUACCCGAGAUGAUACGCAGGAGCCUUGUAGCGUGCGACGUGGAAGUCGGCAAAGAUCUCCGCUGCAGCAGCAUUGUUUUGUCUGGCGGUAACACCAUGUUCCCAGGUAUAAGGGAGCGCUUGCAGAAGGAAAUCUCUGCGCUCGUAAACAGCUCCAUGAAAGUGGACAUAGUCGCUCCACCGGAGAGGAGAUAUGCUGCGUGGAUCGGUGGCUCUAUUCUGGCCUCACUGUCUACAUUCCAGCAGGUGUGGAUCUCCAAACAAGAGUACGAUGAAUCUGGGCCCAGCAUCGUGCAACGAAAGUGUUAGGUCAAAUUCACAUAAUGCGGUCACGAUAAUACUCAGAAUUGAUACAAUACUAUCAUUGUCCCCUUUUUAUUUAUUUUUCAUGCCUACCAGGUUCGGCCUCAUUUUCUCUGUGCUGCGCUCAUGGGUACACGAAGGACGAAACAGUUCUGUUCUGUUGAGUAUUUUGCUCUUGCUCUUGUAGUAGUUGAGCACUCUCA